UCUUCCCACACGAUUGAUGAACGCAUUUCUGCGCCAUGUUGAGCUGCACUGUCUCGAGUUAUUGAAUGUGGUCAAGUUGUAGAGCGCAAAUAAUGAACGUGUGGGAUGAAGGAUGUGUUCUCUGUUUGGCAUGGAAGCUUAGAGAAGCUUGAGGCAUGGUACCUCAGAUGCAGGCAGAAUUGGGCGGUCAGAGGGAUUUCGACAGGGUCGUAGCCAGUUUGGUGAUGCACUCUGCAUACUGUACUUCUAUCACACUUGGGACCGCCUAUUCAGUUAUUGGUUCAUUCGGAAGUUUCCUCCGUUCGGGUUCGGAUUCGGGUUACUGAAUCCACUUUGUUAUACAGACGAGUGGAAGAAGAUGUACCCCUCGAUACGACUUCUCCAUCAAUGCCGAAUCACUCUCUUUACACGUGCCAACUGUUCACUAUGUACAAAUGCAAAACAAACAUUAUCCACCGUGUGGGACAAGCGGCCUUUCGAUUACAAGGAGAUCGAUGUUAUGAAGCCAGAAGAAAAGAAGUGGAGGGACUUGUAUGAGUUUGAUACUCCAGUGAUACAUGUCAGCCUCUCAACAUCCGGAGAAGAGCAAUCAGAGCUAUCUUCGCAAGCAAAGAAGCUGAUGCAUCGGUUUGAAUUCGACCAAGUUAAUGAGAAGAUGGAUCUGGUUGAAGCGGAAGCAAGUGGAUCGGAAGAAGUAUGAUUGAGCAGGAAGGGUUUGGAGCUACCGCUUAACUUGCAAUGAUUAGUAUGGACAUGAGGACGAAUCGAAGCGUAAGCUUAGUACAAACUCUCCGCAUCUAUGCAGAGCUUGUGUAAAUCGUAGUUCUAAAGACCAGGACCAGAAAACCUCACGAGGCAUCAGAUGCAGCUUUUGCGUCUAUUUCAGGUCAUACCCUUUCAGAUUCUAAAUACCCCCAGCAUAGUCGAGGUAAUUAGGCCUUGGGAGGAAGAUACUAUCGGGGACUUAUCAUGUUGAUACUGUCUGACUAUGAAACAACUCAUAGAUAGACUUUGUGCUUGAACGUUUCUGGCCAUAUAAACAAUCAUCUCUUCGAACCUAAGUACAGGAU